AUGUUGCUCUUCUCAUUUGUUCUCUUUUCAGCUUGUUUAGGUAAGUUAUUAUAUGGAUUGAAAUCGUUUAAUUUAAUCAUACAGUGAAUGAACAGCACAAAAACAUGGUAAUUGCACAUUAAUCAUUUGUAAAUAUCAGUUACUACUGCACAGUUUUACAGUUACAGAAGUUAUUUGACCAAAUAUUUUUGCAGGAAACAGUUUUGGGGAUUCAAUAAACCCUGUGAAUACAGAAGAGCUUGUUCAGGAGGGAAGGAAUGUCCAUCUCUCCUGCAAAUAUGAUGGCACUGUCUACAAUCUACAGUGGUACCGCCAAUAUCCCAGAUCCAAACCAGAAUUCCUCUUGUACAUCACAACAGAGGGGUCUAUAUUUAAAGCUACUCCCCCACAUCCUCGUCUGACAGUUACCAUUGACAAAGUGGAAAAACAUGUUGAUCUGAAGAUCUCCUCUGCUGAAGUUACAGACUCUGCUCUGUACUACUGUGCCAUGAAGACCACAGUGACAGGAAACACUGACACACUGUACAAAAACCUGUCAAGAACCAUGGGAGGAAACAAACAUCCUGUAUGACAUACAUAAGUAACAUACCUACUGUAUGUUAGAGGAGGGGCUGAACAGCAGUAUAGAAACAUAGAAACAGGAGGAAACUUUCAGAGACAGCUUAUAUCUUUCUGUCAGUUUGUCUCUGUUCAUCUAAGAUGCAGUUGCUGUAUUCAGUGUUGUUCCUGACAAUAUUUAUGGGUAGGUGAUACAAUACAAUACAAUACAUUUCCAUACAAUGCAUUGCCAUACUUGCCCAUUUUAAUUAAAUUACAUUUCAAUUCAUUUUCAUGAACAAUUAAGUGUAUGUGUAUUAAAACUAUUCUCCAUGCAGGUGUCAGUUGUGAGGACCUCACUCCACUCAAGAAAGAAGAGUACUGUUUAGAGGGAACCCAUGUUACCCUGUCUUACAACUACUCCAGAACAGCUUCUGCUGGAGAUGAAUUCUAUUGGUAUCAUCAAGACACAGCACAAAGGCCAGAGUUCCUCCUGUACAUCUCAGGUACAGGGUUUAUAAAGAAAGCAGAUCCUCUGAACACUCGAAUAUCUACAAAACUGAAUGAAGAGAAAAACCGUUUGGAUCUGGAGAUCUCCUCUGCUGAAGUGACAGACUCUGCUCUGUACUACUGUGCUGUGAGGCCCACAGUGACAGGAAACCUACACACACUGUACAAAAACCUCAGCAGGGACCACAUCUGCAGGAAUAUACCCUUACUUUUUAGACAUCAAAACACUAAUAAAUGCUGUGAAUGUCUCCUGUAA